AUGACCUCUUUAUCGAAACCAGUCUUUCUCCUCGUCUGUGGCGGAUGGCACCCCCCGGCAGCCUAUGAUCGGCUCAAGGAGCAGCUCGAGGGCAGAGGCUACGAAUACUACUGCCCCAAGCUGUCGUCGCUGGGACCCGAGGCCAGCGGUGUCACUUAUCAGGCGGACGUGGAGGUUAUCCGCCAAACCGCCUUGCCAUUGUUUGAGCAAGGGAAGGAGGUGGUGCUUGUGGCCCAUUCGGCAGGUGGUGUGCCGGCUGUUGUUGCUACCCAAGGACUCGAGAUUAGCCAGCGUUUGGCAAAAGGCGACAAGGGCGGAUUCAAACAAAUCGUCUUUAUUGCCGCCGUCGUCAUACCGGUUCGGGGGUCGGAUACACUACAGACUCUGGGCGGGUCAUGGCACCCUGCCCAGGGAGGUGUUGAGCCCUAUACCAAGAACAAUCUCAUGAAACUACCCAAGGGCGCCGAAAAGGGUCUCUACAGCGACCUGCCAGACAAAGAGUCGGAAAAGUAUUAUCAACUUUUCCAACCCCAGUCGCAAGAUGCCUUUGAGACGCCCGUCGACUACAUUGCCGCCGACGUGACUAUUCCCAUGACCUAUAUCGUCACGGAGCAGGACGCCGUGUUUCCGGCAGCGGGCCAGCGAGCCAUACUGGCCGCCGCGUCGGUGCCUGGCAUUCGGGUCGAGAGUAUCGAGGCGGGCCAUAAUCCUUUUGCUAGUCGGCCGGAAGAGCUGGCCGACAAGAUUAUUCGUGUUUCCGAGGUUACAGAGUAG